AUGGAUUACGAGAACGAAGAAUCCGAGCAGCAAACGAUCAUCAACGAGGAAUACAAACUGUGGAAAAAGAACUCUCCAUUUCUGUAUGAUUUAGUGAUAACACACGCUUUGGAAUGGCCGAGUUUGACCUGUCAAUGGUUUCCAGAUGUAGAGAGCCGCCCUGACAAAAACUACAAAACACAGCGACUUUUACUCGGCACACACACCAACGACGAUGAGCCCAACUACCUGAUGAUUGCCAAUGUCCAGCUUCCCAACGACCAAGACAUUGAUUUGCGAAAAUACGAAGAAAGCACCAACGAAAUUGGAGGAUACGGUGCCUUUAAUGAUGCCAAUAUUCACAUCACACAAAAGAUUGUGCAUGAAGGAGAGGUGAAUCGAGCCAGAUAUCAGUUUGAAAAUCCCAAUGUCAUUGCAUCCAAGUCAAGGUCUGGCGAUGUAUUUGUGUUUGAUCGAACGACACAUGAAUCGUUUCCCAAAGAAAACGAACCCUUUAAUCCGGCUUUGAGACUCAAGGGACACACACAAGAAGGCUAUGGUUUGGCUUGGAAUCCUCACAAAUCGAAAUCAAACCAUAUAUUAAGCGCAGGGUUUGAUCAUUUGAUUGCUCACUGGGAUAUUGCUGCUGCAUCAAAGGAAAACCGCGUAUUGGAUCCAUUGAGAAUUUACAACGGACACACUGCUGGUGUCAUGGAUGUGGCCUGGCAUAUGAAGCAUGAUUCCAUAUUUGCAUCCGUGGGUGAUGAUCAGCACUUGAUGAUUUGGGAUACAAGAGAUGAAUCUCACAAAGCAACACACAGUGUGCAGGCACAUCACGCUGAAAUCAAUUGUGUUGGAUUUAGUCCGGGCAACGAAUGGGUACUAGCGACAGGAUCAUCAGACAAGACAGCCGCAUUAUGGGAUUUGCGUAAUUUAAACAACAAACUACACACGCUCCAGAGCCAUACCGAAGAAGUCGUUCAGCUUGCAUGGUCACCCUUUCAUGAUGCUAUUCUGGCAACUGCAAGCAACGAUAGAAGAAUAUGUGUGUGGGAUUUAGCGAGGAUUGCAGAUGAGCAGUCGCCUCAAGAAGCAAAAGAUGGACCUCCUGAGUUAUUAUUUGUGCAUGGUGGACAUACCGGUAAAAUUUCAGAUUUUGGUUGGAAUCCUGCUGAACCAUGGAUGCUGGCAAGCACUGCAGACGAUAAUAUAUUAGAAGCAUGGCAAAUAGCAAGCACAAUUUACGGUCAGGAACAACAAGAUGAAUCAGACAAAAUGGAGCACUGA